AUGGGUUCGAAAUCACGACGUCGGUCCCGCUCGAGGUCCAAAAGCCCAAGCAGAGACCGACGAAAUAGAUCCAGAGUGAGCCGGUCCCACACACCGGAGGGAAGGAGAGGCCGUAGUCGGUCUGUGGAAACAAAAAGAGCCGCGCGAGGACGGGGCCGCUCGGGCAGCAGGAACUCCAGCGAUGGCUCUCCAGGUCGGCGUCGGCCCCAAAACAGGGACCGUCCAGGUGGCGACAGGAGCAGCUCGGAGGGCGACAGGAGGAGAGGACCAGCAAACAAAACCAGGAGCAAGUCGAGAGGUCGAUCAUCAAGUUCUGAUUCAGGCAAUUCCAAAGUGAGGAAGCAGGAAAAAGAAAUGGAGAAUCGGAGAGGAACAUCCCGAGAAAAAAGGAGGGAAAGGUCCCAGUCCAGCUCUGACUCCCAUGAGGAAAGCAGCGACAGAGAAAGGAGAAGACAGAGUAGUCCAGAGAGAGGGAGUCCAGCCAGAGACAGAAGAAUGAAAGCGCCAGACAGAGACAGGGAAAGAAAAGGAGACAAAGACAAAAGCCUAGAGUGCAAGAAGAAGAGUGAAGACAGAGAGCCAGGGAAGAGUAAGAGUAGCAAGGGUAAAAGAGAAAAAGGGAGGCAGCGCUCCAGUUCACCUGACUCGUCUGAUAGCUCAGAGUCUGAUCGUGGAGGCCGUGUAGUCAGAGAAAAGGAGGAUAAGAAAAAACAGACAGAGAUGAUGAAGGCUCUGGAGACUCCAGAGGAGAAGAGAGCCAGGAGACUGUUGAAGAAGGAAGCAAAGGAGAAGAAGAGGAGAGAAAAGAUGGGCUGGAGUGAAGAGUACAUGGGCUACACCAACGCAGACAAUCCCUUUGGGGACAACAACCUAUUGGGCACAUUCAAAUGGCAGAAGGCAUUGGAUAAGAAAGGCAUUGGCCAUCUGGGAGAUAAAGACCUUAAAGACAGAAACAAAUGUAUUCAAGAGGAGAAUCGCAGAGAGCUGCAAAAGGUAAAGCAGCUGCGUCUGGAGCGGGAGCGAGAAAAGGCCAUGAGAGAGACGGAGCUGGAGAUGCUGCAGAGAGAGAAGGAGGCCGAGCAUUUCAAAACCUGGGCCGAGCAGGAGGACAACUUCCAUCUGCACCAGGCCAAACUGAGGUCCAAGAUCAGAAUCCGAGAUGGUCGAGCCAAGCCUAUCGACCUUUUGGCGAAGUACAUCAGUGCAGAAGAUGACGAUCUCGCGGUUGAGAUGCACGAGCCCUACACCUUUCUCAACGGGCUCACGGUCACAGACAUGGAUGACCUGCUGGAGGACAUUAAGGUGUACAUGGAGUUGGAGCAAGGGAAGAACGUGGACUUCUGGAGAGACAUGACGACCAUCACUGAGGACGAGAUCAGCAAACUGAGAAAACUGGAGGCCUCUGGGAAAGGACCAGGUGAUCGUCGUGAAGGCAUCAACACAGCUGUGACCAUUGAUGUCCAGACGGUGUUCAAAGGAAAGACCUACAGCCAGCUGCAGGCGCUGCACCUGAACAUCGAGACCAAGAUUCGGGCAGGAGGGUCAAAUCUUGAUAUCGGUUACUGGGAGAGUCUGCUGCAGCAAGUCAGAGUCUAUCUGGCCAGAGCAAGAUUGAGAGAGCGACAUCAGGAUGUUCUGCGCCAGAAGCUGUUCAAGCUGAAACAGGAACAGGGGGUGGAAAGUGAACCUUUGUUCCCCAUCAUCAAAGAGGAGGCGAGGAGCGGUGAUGAGGAGCCUUCAUCCUCCACCAAAAAUAAAAAAAGAGACACCGAAGGGGAUGACGAGGAGGCAGGUCCUUCAACAUCCGGUGCGGGCAAACCAAAUGAGGAAGGGGGAGAAGAGGGCGACAAGAAAGACGAAGAGAAGGAGGGCGAGGUAGUGGAGGCCGUGCUGACGGAGGAGGAUUUGAUCCAGCAGAGCCAGUCGGAGUACGACUCGGGCCGCUACAGUCCCACGCUGCUCACGUCCUCCGAGCUGCCGCUGGACUCGCACACCACCACAGCAGAAGAGGACACAGCCAGGCUGGAGCUAGCACGCCAACAACAGCUACAAGUCACAGGUGAUGCCGUUGAGACCGCCGAAGACCUCUUCAUCCGUCGCGCCAGACAGGGCAUGGGCAACGACGAGGCCCAGUUCAGCGUGGAGUUCCCCGUCACAGGGAAGAUGUACCUGUGGGCGGACAAAUACCGUCCCAGGAAACCACGCUUCUUCAACAGGGUCCACACAGGCUUCGAGUGGAACAAAUACAAUCAGACCCAUUACGACUUCGACAACCCUCCGCCCAAGAUCGUGCAGGGUUACAAGUUCAACAUCUUCUACCCGGACCUGAUCGACAAGCGCUCCACCCCGCAGUACUUCCUCGAGCCCAGUCCCGACAACAAGGACUUUGGGAUCCUAAGGUUCCACGCCGGCCCUCCAUACGAGGACAUUGCCUUCAAAAUUGUCAACAGGGAGUGGGAGUACUCACAUCGACACGGUUUCCGCUGUCAGUUCGCCAAUGGGAUCUUCCAGUUGUGGUUCCACUUCAAGAGGUACCGCUACAGGAGAUAGAGACCACAAAGAGGGACGGACCAAGACCCCAGUCGCUGGGUUUUAAGCAUAGACGCUAUAUUAUGUAGGCUGUGCAGUCAAUGUGGCUAUUUUCUAUUGUUUUUGGUUGCUCUCACUAAGAGCAGUUUGUCGGAGCUACAUUAGUCUGUACUGUUGUCUGAAAUGCAAGUUGUAACGUAAUCAAAAUGACACAAUAAAGAUUUUUUCCCUUUCUUACUCUU